CUCUGAUCGGGCUGAGACAUCGGCGGACUUAGGCUUGUCCUACUUGACCAGUAACGGCCUUGUGCAACCUGGCGAGACCUUCUCCCGUCUCAAGCCAUUUCUCCGGAUGUUCUUGAAUCCAACCAGUUGGGAAUAUGUCUCUCUGAUGGCUCAAAGGUUUGUUGUCUCUCAGCUCAAGCCUGGCAACAGAGGAGACGACUCUUGAGUCUUUGGAGCUGUUGACAACGGCAAAAUUGAUUCCAGCUAUUGACUGCAUUCGUCGAUCAACUACAGUCAUGUUGUUCGAAUUGUGAAUAUCGCGGGAAUCAGCAGCACUGAGAAGCUUGAGGUAUCGAGUAUAAAGUUACUCGAGAUUUCCAUCAUGGUCCUGUCUUUUCUUUUUCACUCGCCACAGCAACUUCAUCAUCUUCACAUCUUCAGCAAAGGUUCCUUGAAUCAACAGUUCAAACAUCUCAAGAUGGCUUCCAUUCGCACUCUUACCACCUUUGUCCUGGCUCUUGGUGUCGCCGCCAACCCGGCGCCCGCCCCUCAGCCUGAAGCUGAAGCUGGCAUUGCCGACUCCAUUGAUCCUGCCGUGGUCAAGCUCGAACCAGUCUCAUUCUCUUUGACUCUUCCCGAUGUCGAGCUCCCGACCCCGCCUACUGUCAACGCUCCGCGCGGCGUUCCCGGCAUCGAUCUUCCGACUCUUCCCACUACUCUUCUCUCUCUCCCGAGUCUCAACCUCCCCCGCCGUCUGACGGCUCCGACUUUCGCUCCUCCUGCGCUCCCAGCCCUGCCGACUUUGUCUGUCGAUAUCGACAUUCCAGCUUCAACCAUCUCAUUGGGCAUUGAAGUUCCGGACCUGAACGUCCCCCGCGGCCUCACGGCUCCGACUCUUGCACCCCCAGUACUCCCGGUUCUGCCGACUCUUUCUGUUGACGUUGCCGUCCCGGCCUCCACUGUCUCAUUGGCCGUUGAGGUCCCGGAUCUAAACAUCCCUCGGGACCUCCCAAUCCUGUCAUCUCUUCUCUCACUAUCGGUCAACGUUGAGGCCACUGGCCUCCCUAUUCUUCCCGCCGUCAAUAUUCCCCGAGAGAUUCCGGCGAUUCCCUCCGUCAGCAUUGAGCUCCCUUUUCUGCCCUCGACUUCCAUCGCACUCCCCAUUCGCAGGCACGCUCGGGAUAUCUCAAUCGCUAACCCUCCCCUUCCUACACUACCAGCCGUCAAAGUCGCUCCUUACACUAUUGCUCUUCCCGGUAUCGCUAUUCCUAACCCCCCCGGCGUAGUCGUUGAGCGCGACAUUCCCGCCAUCACCAGUCUCCCAGUCGAGGUUACUCUGCCCCCCCAUGCGCUCCCCAGUCUCCCCAAGCUCAACCUCGAGCCCGACCUUACGACCACCAUCGAUCUCUCGGUUCUCAGCACUCUGCUUGCUGUUCUGCCUACCGCCGCCCCGAAGCUGAACCUCGAACGAGACCUGCCUGCUGUUGAUGCCUCAAUCCUCAGCUCGCUGCUCGCCGCUCUUCCCACCCCGAAGUUGAACUUGGAGCGCGACCUGUCUACCUUCGAUGCCACCAUCCUGAGCAGCAUUCUUGCCACUCUUCCCACCGCCAUUCCAAAGUUGAACCUCGAGCGGGACUUGCCUGCUAUCGACGCUUCAGUCAUCAGCUCUUUGGUCGCUGCUCUGCCCACCCCUUCCGCGAAGCUGAACCUCGAGCGCGGCUUGCCCACUGUUGACCUUUCGGCUCUUAGCUCUCUGCUCGCUAUUCUGCCUACCGCCAUUCCCAAGCUUCCGGAGCGCGACUUGCCCAUUGAUGCUUCCGCGGUUAUCAGCAGCAUCCUCGCUACCCUGCCCAGCCCUCUCGCCAAGCUCAACUUGGAGCGCGAUUUGCCUGUCGAUGCUUCCGCUGUCAUCAGCUCCCUGCUUGCUGCUCUGCCGACUCCUCCCGCGAAGUUGCUCGAACGCGAAGUCGCAGUCCCGCUUCCCACUGUCGCACCUGUCACCUUCUCCCUCACUGCUCCCGUCGUUCUGCCUGCUCCUGUUAUUCCUGCAAUUCCUCGCGACAUCAUCCCGGGCUCCGUCGAUCUCCCCGUCGUCCCUACUCUGCCCGCCAUUCCUCCCGUCAGCGUCAAGGGCGAGCCCAUCAACGCUAAGGUUCUGCCUCUUCGCGCCCUCCCAGUUCUUCCUCUCAACCCUACCACCUUGGUCUCAUUGAUCACCGCCCCGACCGGAAUUCUCAGCUGCUCUACCGUCCAAUGCAUUCCCGACUACGUCUGCAAAGAGAAGAACGGCGUACCCAUCUGCGUGCCCGUCUCCCCCCCUACAGUCCCUGCUGUCUAAAUCCCCUGCCGCCGAUCCCGCCCCUUUGAGAACGGGGCGCCCGAACUAGCAAGCCGGCACUCGCAACUACACUAGCUCUCGGCGACAAACUAGUAACAUCUUAAUAACAUGGUGAUAGAAGGAGGCUUGGAUAGCUCUCCCCACAGAUUGAAACAUGGAGGAUCGUAGUAAUGCGGACGUAUAAUGGGGAAGGGGGAAACGUCGAACUUAGCUGCCCCUGAGGCAUGAAUCUAUUAAUUACUCAGUAGCUAAUCUAAUCCAUCUUUUUUCUUAACUGCC